AUCUUACACAACAAGAAGAAUGAAGACGGACGAGGACAAUCGUAACAAUUGAUCCAUAAAUAAUAGGCGACGAACUUGCAAAGCUUUGGGUAUAUGCGACCAGCCGGAAUCUAAAUACAUCUACCCCCGAACUCCGGGGUCCUAAUCUAGCCUACGAUGUACAAUUCCCUAACCCGGAUACAAAAUGUAUUCGGCUUCUUCACCACCGUCGCCUUCGUCGUCGCCGCCCUGAUCGCCGCUUCCGACUUCACUGCGCCGCGAACCCCGAGCGCCACCAUAAAGCCGACCAACGUCCAGGUUGUCAAGGGCCGGCCGCACUACUACAGCACGAAGAAGGAAGAAUACGCCAUCAUCAGGUUCUCGCUCGACGCCGACCUGUCCUCGCUCUUCACCUGGAACACCAAGCAGCUCUUCGUCUACGUAACGGCCGAGUGGCCGGCGCCCCCCGCCGGCGCCGACGGCCUCGCCACGAACCAAACCAACCGCGCCGUAAUCUGGGACUCUAUCAUCACGAGCCCGAGCGCCGACCACCUGAGCAACCUCGGCCCCGCCUCGCUCAAGAAGCUGCGCAAGAGCGCCGCCGGCAAGAGCAUAGAUCCGAACCGAGGCAAGCUCUCCCUCAAGAACCAGAAGCCGAAGUACCAGAUCACGCACCCGACCGGCCGGAUCGCCGAGACCGACGACGUCAAGCUGCACGUCAACUACAACGUGCAGCCGUGGGUCGGCAUCCUCACCUGGAACCAGGGCUUCGACCUCGGCCUGUGGAAGAGCUUCGCCGGCGGCGUCAGCAAGGCCUUCGAGCUGCCCGCGAUCAAGAAGAAGGACGACGCCAAGAAGCCCAAAUAAGGGGCCGGUGUCGUAGCUGUCUGUAUUCCUUUUAAGCUAGAUAUUGAUUAAACGUGGCGUUUUGUGGAUCGACUUUAUUUGCCCAUGAUGCCAUGAUUUUCCUUGGUGUCCUGUAAAUCAUAAUUGUGUGCUUUUCUAUUUUAGACGCAUAUUGGGAUCGCUCCGAAGUAUAUACUUCAGUAGUUAUGUACCCCUGGCACCCCUUAGCCCAAUACGAGUGGUAAAAGACGGCCGAGAAUUAUCUACGGCUUGGUGCAAUUCGCUUAUAGGGUUUGUUGAAUAACUCAACGGGAGAGAAUGAAUACGUGGAUUAGAACCCAUGAACUGUCUGGCCUUGGUUCUCACAUGUCACAAUCAACCUCGAGAAACUUCACGAAGACUAAAUAGCUG